AUGGCUUUUUAUGGUUUUAACCCACUAACUGUGUUAGAUCUACCUUUGAAUGAACUUUCUAAUUUAGAUGGUGUUCCAAAGGCAGAAUUGGUGAAGUCUUUACAUGAGAAAGCUAGAGCCAACAUAGAAAAGAGCAAUAAACAAUAUGCUGAUAAAGCAAACAAGGGCAGGAAGAAGCUUGUGCUUAUGCCAGAUGAUUGGGUUUGGGUACAUUUUCGCAAGGAAAGAUUUCCCAACCAAAGGAAGAAUAAGCUCGAUGCACGUGGAGCUGGUCCAUUUCAAGUCUUGGAGCGCAUCAAUGACAAUGCCUACAAGAUAGACUUGCCGGGUGAGUAUGGUGUUUCUACAACUUUUAACAUUAGUGAUUUGUCUCCCUUUGACAUGGAUGUAGAUUUAAGGACAAAUAUUUUUAAAGAACAGGGGGAUGAUACGGAUCCACCAUCACAAAACACCUAUAGAGCUCAAGGGAACAAGGACCACAACAAUGGCAAUCCAUUAGUACUUCCUAGUGGACCAAUUACAAGGAGCCGUGCAAAGAAAUAUGGAGCAGUGGACCAAGUACAAGGAGCCGUGCAAAGAAAUAUGGAGCAACCAUGUCCUUAUACAUUCAAGAACAAGUUACACAAGAGCUCCAUGACCUUGCUUCCAACAAGUGCUAUGAAGAACUUGAAGGAACACCUAAGUUUCUCACAUUAA